GAAAUUUCAAUGAAGUAUACAUGAGUGUGAACUUUGAAAAUCCAAAGAGGAGAAACCCUAUUCAGAGAAACCAUUUGAAAAUCAAAAUUGGAGGAACCCUCCUAUUCCUCUCUCGAUCUUGACUCGAUUCCUUGCCAUUUGGUCCGCCGGCGGCUUUGACGUUGUGCAAUAGCUCGCUCGCGGAUGAUUGAAGGUUUCUCUUCUCCAUCUUAUGCUCAGUUUGGCAGCGAACGACUUCAACUUCUCAGUUCUCAGUCUCAGUCCGACGGUGAAGCUCGAGCUAUCAGGUUAUUGUAGUGAUGGACCAGGGUCUAGCUGAUCCUACUGUGUUAACGCUACAAUAGUCUCACCGAUCCUCUUUAGCAUGAACUGCCUCGGAUGAUGUUGACUCCGUUAUACUUACGUGUCAAUGUCGUGAGGCUACGAUAACACGUAUGGGACGCCCUGAUGCACGCAUAGUCCUAUACUUGUAGCGAGUAGGAUUUUCUGGACUCAUCCAUGUGCCGUUCAUACAGUUAGAUUGGCAUCUUAUUACUGCACUAGUAGAGAGGUGGCGAUCGGAGACACACAUAUUUCACUUAACAUCUGGAGAGGCAACCAUCACAUUGCAAGAUGUCAGUAUCUUAUUUGGACUACGGGUUGAUGGUAACACUGUUAUAGGGAAUACUGGUUAUGAUUGGCUUGCUGUAUGCAAUCGUCUUCUAGGGACAGUUCCAUCUACCAACCAGCUCAAAGGGUCGAGGUUAAACAUGAUGUGGCUUUCCCAGACUUACGGUAACUUACCCAUUGAUGCUGAUGACGUCACAGUUCAGCGCUAUGCUAGAGCAUUCAUUCUCCAGCUUUUGGGUGGCAGCAUUUUUGUAGGCAAAUCUGGUAAUAUGGUGCAAUUGAUGUUUUUACCUUUACUAGAGAACUUUGAUGCUGCUUGGGAAUAUAGUUAGGAGAGUGCAACACUAGCUUGGUUGUAUCGAGAGUUAUGUCAUGCAUCUUGCGAACAUAUGCAUGACAUUUCUGGUUUCCUCAUCCUUGUUCAAAUCUGGGCAUAGUAUAGAUUUCCCCACAUUGCUCCGUGUCGUCUUCUUAGACAACCAAUAGCGGACGGUCCGCUCAUCACACGGUAUUAAUCAUUUAUAUGUUAUUAUAUUUUAAUUUACUAUGAUUAUUUAGACAUUAUUAUAGUAGGGUAAUGCACCAAUAAAUCCUAGAUUGUGAACUUAUGCACUAAUUGGUCCUGAAAGAUUUCUUAUAGAUGAGGAGGUCCUAUUAUACCCAAAAUUACCAAUAAGGACAAACGGAUUGUAGGGCUGUGUUACAAAGUGAUGGACAGUAAUGUUAUUUUACAAUUAACGAAAUUACAAAAUUGGGUAGCAUUCAUUCCCUUUCUGGUCGGUGUUGAAGCUGUGGAAAUGGAAAGAUUUUGGUAAUCAACGUUAAUGGUUUGAACAUUGGGUUUUUGGUAAUGGAAAUUGUAGUGUGACGUUUACGUCCCCGAAAAUGAAGGAAGUAAACCCUAGUCGUAGAUGUGGAAAACCCUAAAACAUCAUUUGGUGCCUUCGAUUCGGUAGUUGUGUGUAGGAUUUGUGAAGUGAAGGGUUAAUCGAACGGUGCUUGGUGAACGGCAUUUGCAAUAUCCUAUUUUGGUGCGAAAACAUUUCGUGAAGGUGUGUGAAGUUGGAACAACGUAACAUGGUGAAGAAUCAAUCAGUUGGCGGGAUGCAUUUAAUGUUCGAGAGAUUUCCACUCAUGUCCUUCGUCAAUAUCGUUAUUCCUUGGACAGACAAACCUUUGCACAGAUGGUGUAGCGACCUUACAGUACUGAGUUGAUUGAGGGGCUUCCACCAUAUUUUUCGGAUGGUGCAGAUAUAUGGCAAUCAGUAGUUCCAUUGAUCUGUUUUUUCAUUGUCGAGAUGCACCAUCCUGAUAGCGUACAACGACAAUUUGGAUUUUGCCAGACUAUAUCCCACAAUUGUGACACUUUCAUUGCUCUUUAUGACCUCGAUUUACGUGGGGACCAAAACUAAAGAUUGGGUGAAACAUCACAAAGAGUGGAUUCAAUUAUGGGAUCAACACCGAACCCGCAUUGCUAUAGGUGAACCAUGGGAUGGUAAUAUGCAUGAUGAUGAUCCUUACAUGGUAUGGUAUCUACGUAUCACUCGUCGAUACAUUAGUCGUGCUGCAUGUACAUUUGAUUUCGUGGUUUGUAUUGAGGAAAUUAAAGAGGCUAAUGGGCUUAUUGGGGACACCAUCUAUGCUGGCAAGCAGAGGAAAAGAGGAGACCCUUGCCCAAUUACAUGGAAAAGGUUCAAAAUGAUAUUAAUCAAACUAUGUGAGAUAUUCUAUUGGAUUGGUUGGUUGAGGCUGCAGAGGAAUACAAACUUGUCUCGGACACCCUUUAUCUCAUUGUAUCCUACAUUGACAGAUUCCUAUCUCAUCAUGCUAAUUUUCACCAGGACUUCUCAAGAGAAUUGCAAUAACUUAACAUUGAAAAACUACUUAGGUUAUAGACCAUCAGAAUUGAAAGAAUGUGUCCUUGCCAUUCAUGAUUUGCAAUUGAGUAGUACAUGCAGCAUAAGUUCAAGUGUGUUACAGCUUUGUCAUCUCCCUCACAAAUCCCUGUGAGUUAUUUCAAGCCCAUCUAUGAAUAAGCAUUGAUGAGAUUUCAGAGCAGUCAACCUCCAAUUUUGUAAUGAGAACUUGUGGAGUGGAAUGGAAUUUACUCAUUUUAGAGAACUGGUGGAAUAUCAAUGGAAGGCAUUGAUGGCUUACAUGUUAGAUUCUUGUUAUGUGGUACACAUGAUCAAUAACUCUGGAUUUGGAAUAGGAUGCAGAUCUUGUUGGUUAUUGCUCUGCUCAGAUCUAGUGUUUGUUAGUCCACUAUUAGCAUGAGACAUAUACUUGUAUACAUCAGUAGUGAGAACAAAACAUCAUUGUUUUCCAAGAUUUGCUGUUUUUUAAAUUUCUUUUUUUCAAAUCUAAGCAGUCCAGUAACUUUUGGAUGAUGUUCAAUUCCACAGCUGAGAUAGUGGUUGUGCAAGUCAUGACCUUUUGGUAUUAGCAAUUAUGCUUAAAUAAUAGUUUGGAGAUUUAGAUGGA